AUGGUGGAUGCAUCCAUGCUCGCGUCGCUGCUGGCGGUGCUCGUGGGCACAGUGAUCCUGGGCACCGCAACUUUUUCACUCCGGCGCCGAACCCAGUGCCGCUCAAAUGGACGCGACCCACAGCUAUACGUCCACCUUCUUGACACAGCACUGCUGCUCGCACUCCUGCCCCUACUCAUCCACGACGCUUUAUCGCCGGGCUCAAAGUCGAUCGUGCAAACCGCGUUCGCAGGUACACCGAGCACGUUCUUCGCCACUAUCGCUCUACUGCUGCGUCCGGCACUCGUGGCGGUACUCGCAGCAAAUGUGGUGCUGAGCAGAAGGAUGCGCAGAUCGCAGGCGAUUCCGCUUGCAGCCGCGGCGGCGGUGGGCAUCGUAGGUGCGGCGACGAUUACGAGUGUGCAGUGCGAGUUCUCGCACCCCGCAGGAGCGAGAGUGGGUUGUGCACGUGUCCCCGCGGUCAAAGGCAUGGCCAUAGCCAUACAGCUGCUCUUCACCCUCGCGGCAGCAACCUUGAUCGUUCACACGAGCACGAAAAUCAGCGCAAGGUCAGUGACGCAAACCCCGAUUCCAACUGUCUCGCUUCCUCCCGAAACGCGUGUUCAGAUUCAAGCAUUCGCAGGCGGAGCGAAAGAGACAGAGACGAGCGGCGUGGAUUUGGAGUACGGUGGACGCAUCGUCAGCGGGAUCCUUGACGAUGGAGGGCAGGAGGUGGGAACGGCACCUACGUCGGGAUAUGGAUCGGCCAUCGCGAGCUCCGCCAACCCGUACCGCUCCACGCUCUCGUUUGCGCGUGCGGAAGGAUCGGAUCUAAGCCAGCCAACUUCAUACACGCAUGUCGCGCAAAAGCACACAAACCGAUGGUCGGAUUUCGCCCCGCCAUCGGCACGACGCAAGGCGGCUCGAGCUGCAGCCAAUCCGGCGAUGGGCGCUGUGCGAAUGCGAGUCGAGUCGCAUCGAAUGCUUCUGCCGGGCUCGCUCUGCACACUGGUGCUGCCGGUCGCACUGAGCAGCACUGCCCUGCUGAUCAACCCAUCAGCCGCGCAGACGUACCUUAUCGUUGUCGGCUUUUGCACUCCCGCCGUGAUGAUCAUCAUCAAGAGCGCCCGUGACUGGCUCCACCCCCGCACUCGGGAAGCGGAAAUCGAGGCGGAAGAGGCCACAUUGGAAGCGGACAGUAACUCGACGCACGGCUCGGACUCGGUAGUGGUGGUGGCAGCUGCAUCGCGCGUGCGUCAUUUGCGCUCCUACUCGUACCCGCUCCAGGCGGGAAACGGCUACACGGCUACACAUCGCGGCAGUCUGACGUCGGCGAAAAGCGUGCCGUACCUACGCCAUCACUGGGCAGCGGGCAAGGUGAGCGGCGAUAGGGUGGCGCCGAGAAGCAGCUGGAUGCGUGCACUCAAUCUGCUCGUCAACCCCAAGCCCAGGCGGGAAGUCCUGCCUGCCCGGCAUAGCGUCUCGGAACAGCCAAGAAAGGAGGAAAGGAGGGUGGGGGGAUCUUCGGCGACGUUUGCGGUUGGACAAGGAUUACUGCAAGCGCAAGAGACGACGGUGGACAGUGAGCAUACGUGCAUCUCGGAUCGACGAGCCGAGUCGGUGACCACGCUCGAAGCAGUUGCGGGCGAGGAGACUGCGUACGACCACGAAGCACUGCCGCAGGAGGCGGAAGCGCUAGACGACUCGCCCGGGAGCGCCAGGCGAUGGAGGGAGCAGCUGGACGAGCACAGCGAUUUAAGGUCGCCCACCAAGCGUGUACACGAGCCCGCCGAAACACCGACAAGGAGCUUCUCGAACGAAGAGUCGCAGGUCCUGGGCAGUGGUGCAGCAAGGCUGUUCAACGAGAUCAUGGAGCUGGUUCGCGGUACCGACGCUUCGGAACCACGUUCAGUCGGUGCAGGGCUGAAAAGGACACCCCCGCGAGGAUAUGCUGCGCUCCAAGAUGCAAGUAGGGGCACCGUCAUCGUGCACCCGGAGUCGAGCUACUUCUCUACCAAUGCCUCCCACCUCGAAGGGGAUGAGUGUAGAGGACAUCGACGGACAGGAUCGGCAUCGAGCGGCUUUUCGCUCAGCAGCAUUUCGACUCGGCUGCGCGCAAUGGGAGGCAGAGAUGCCGACUCGCCAGCGGUCAAGAAGAUGCGCAGCCGCACGUUUGCUUCCGCGUUUGGGAUCGAGCUCGGCACACUGGUUCGCAGCGCAUCGUGGGGAAGAAGGGUGGGGGUGGAGAGUUCUCCGUCGACAAGUGCGGGGACGUGUCAGUCGUCGCUGCUCGAUGUGGGCUGUUCGCCUUCGCCGGCAGCUCCGCAACAUCGAAGGAUGGGAUCGCAGGAAGAUUCACUCAUCGACGGCGACGAUGCCGUCGAGGUGCUGGACGACGUCGACAUCGAGGAACGUGCAUCCAGCUCCGCGGUGAGCGAAUGGACGCGCGAUAUGACGGGGGAUCUCUCCGACGUAAGCCUGCCUCUGUGCGAUCUGGAAGAGGAGGGGGUGUCAGAGGCCGAGAUCGUCGAGAGCUACAAGAUGGUGAGGCUCGCAGCCGCGCCGUUUUUGGAUACGGUCGAGGAGGAGAGCGAGGCUGAAUGCGAGCUCGCGUCAAGCGCGGGGCAAAUGGAUCAGGGAGAGUGGCAGAGGCUAUUGUUGGCGCAGCACGAGGCGAUGUUCCCGCACAAGACGCUGUCGCAGAUCGACGAGGUCACCGAGGCGGCUACCUCGCCUGCGUGCAGCGAGGCUGCGAGUGCUAGAGCAAGCAGGAACGAGGCGGGAGGCUUGGGAGAGAUGCACACGCCGAGUACAGGUAGAAACACGGUGUAUCUCGGUCUGCGCAUGUCCAGGACAGUACACACGCCGACGGACAGCUCGCACGCCGAGCUGGACGAAGAGGGCGAGGGUAGCAUGCCGGCGCCGGGUAUGCUGCCGUUUGUCACGCCGCGCAGCCGGAUGCGGUGCCGAGUCGCAGAGUCGCGAGCGCCACACCCCGAGCCCACUGACGAUACUGUCGACAUCGAGCCGUCUCCACGCUGCCAGAACGUGCGGCUGGAAGAGCUGGGCAUGCACGAGGGCAUCUGGCAGCGCUCUCCGGUCAAGCUCGAGCUCUCUGCACCUGCCGCCGAGAGCAACCCGGCUGCUAGCGAAGACAACGCACGAGGGGGAGCACGACUACGACGCAGCAUGACACUCAAGUGGGGCGGGGCUCGCGACCGGCACGGCUCGCCCAAGCGCGAGGUGCGCAAUCGACUGGCGAGGCAGGGGGAGCACGAGGCGGAAAAGCGGCUGCUGCACAAACCGCUCAAGAAGCCACGCAAGAGCCGGCUCAAGGGCGUAGCCGUGAUGAUUGCUCGGCAUCGAUUUACCGUGGUGGACGAAGACGAUUCGCUCGUUGAGCAGAGAGCUGAAGCCGAGCAUGACUAG